GCAGCAGCAGCAGUUUCAAGUUUCAGUUGACUCUUUCACACGAAACGCGGCAGUCGGAGGCGACGCUUGACGACGCGGACCCAACUCGGACGCCGACUCAGACUCAGAGACACGGCUCUGCUUCUGCUCUACGCUCUACGCUCCACUCUACACUCAAUCUGCUUCCUUCCCCUCCCGUCGCUACCCCUCCCACCAUCACCACCACCACCAGUUUCGUCUAUCCAUUUCGGUUCGUUGUGUGUUGGCCAAGUUUACACUCUCCGACAAAAGCGAAUGGCAAAAGCAAUCAGCAAACACCAAGUAGUAAAAAGGACAAAGGAAGGGGCGUCCCAAAGGCCCACACAAGGUGUGUUAAUAUAUAAGUAUUUUUAGUGCUUGCGUGCAACAUUUUUGUUGGUGUCAAAAGUGAAACAGAAAUUUAACGUGAAAUUUACACACGAGAAGCAGUGCAGGAAGCAGUGCAGUGGCUUCAGCCGUAAAGCAGUGUGCAGCACCCACACGCCGCCGCCAAGUUCAAAAUCAACGCCUGACAAUGACAGCUGCAGCGACGUGGCGGCGCCCACUAGGCCAAGCAGAGACUGAGGCAGAGGCCGUACCAGCUGCAGAAGCAGCACCAGCAGCAGCAGCAGAAGCGAUUCCAAUCAAAACAACAAAAGCAACAAGGAUAGCACCAACAAUUACAACAGCAGCAAGUAGAGGGCGAAGGAGCACAACAAUCAAUGGGCUCGACACGACAGGGCGACGUCGUCAACGAGCAUGCUGCACCCAAUGGACGGAGACGGGAGCGAGAGCGGGCGCUGGUGCGGGAGCGGGAGCGGGCAUGGGCAUCAGCCAACAACGACUGGGAGAGAGAACGAUGCCAACGAUGACGUCGCUGUGGCUGCUGCUGCCAUCGAAUGCGACAUCCUGGCUGCUCUUGGCCCUGCUCUGUCUGCUCGGCUGCCUCUGCCCCUUCACAGAUGCUUUGGAGGAGGACUGUGUUGACUUUCAGGGCAACAAGGUCAACCAUGGCAUGCUGUAUGUGCCCGGGCCCGGUGUUUGCAGCCUGUGUGUCUGCUAUCACUCUGAGCCACUCUGGUGCAAGGCCAUCUACUGUGAUCCGCCCUACUUUUGCAAAAACUUUCGAGUUGGUGAACGUUGCUGCGAGUUCGAGUGCCUCGAUCCGCCUGGCGAGGAUAAGCUGUAUCAGGAGCGCAUGCGGAAACGUGCGGAAAUAUUGGCUGGCAACAGCACCGCCACGAAUGUGCGACUGGCCCCGCUGGCCAUGUCCUCCAUAGUGCUCGGCUUCCUCGGCAACAGCUUCCUCAACUUAUAACUUGAAGACAUAGAGCCAGCGGGCAGUGGCAGUAGCUAAACCAAUUUUUAAUAACAAACAAACAAAAAACUCACAAAAGAAUGAAUUUCCAACUCAGAUAGCCCUCAAUUUGUGUUGCUCCUCAAAAAGAAACUAAAAAAAAAAACCACAAAAAGCGAACAAAACUCGUAGAACUCUCAGACAACUUAUUACAAUGUAAUAGACAAAACCAAACAAGUUAUGGAGUUAUUAUAACAUAUGGUACAUGUGUGUAUGUACUUACGUAUAGGUGUAUCCUUAUAGAGGCAAGGGAAGGUGCCGCGGAGGCGUAGGUUUUCAACUCAAUAUCCCCCAGACUUAAAUAGGUACAAUAAUUAUUCAUUUCCGGAUGCACGCCGAGAACCAAGCAACCAAGCAACCAAGCAACCUUAACUCCCCCUCUCUCUUUCAUCUCUCCUCGCCCAAUAAGCAAUUGCAGUGUGAUCCGAAUCGAUAGGUAGCAAAAAAAAAAACAAAAACAAAAGAAAGCCAGAGCAAAUUUCUAGCAUAUAAAACAUAGACAUUUAUUUACUUAUUUACACAAUGAAACAAAAAGGGAAUAAAGUAUAGGAGAAAGGACAACACCAAGCAACCAGAACAAACUCAUCAAGCGAACGAAUAAGACAGUCUCUAGCAUGUAAGAUUUCAUAGUUAUAAAUGGUACAUAAAUCGAGGGAUAUGGAUAUGGAUAUGGAUAUGGAUAUGCAUCGAGCAUAUAGCUCAGUGUAUCGGAAACGUUGUUGAUUAGUGUUUAGCCCACAAAAUGGAAAUGGAAAUGGAAAUGAAAAUGAAAGUGGAAAAGGGAAUCUCUUUUUUUUUUUGUAAUCCUCACACACACAUAGUCAAAAAACACACACAACAAAACACUUGCGCUUAGAAAACGUUUUUUCAUCUCGAAACAAAAUUAUAAUAAAUAUGUACUUAGAUAUAUGCAUAGAAGAGGUUUAGUGGCAAAAAGUUUUGGUAAAGGUAAAGGAAUAUCGUCGUUGAAAGUCGCCUCAUCUCUAGAUGAAAAUUGUAGCAAAUUACACAUAUCUUGGCAACAUUUUUUCCAAUAUACAACACACAUUUAUAUUGAAAAACAAAACAACAACAAAUAUGAAAACCAAACGAACACAAACAUGUACCACGUCCGAGAUCGGCGAGUGAAUGAAUGAAUCAUUGAAUAUUGCAUUGGUGCUAAUUUUAUCAUAGGCUAAAGAAGACACAAAACCGCAGACAGCAGCACAUAACACGGCACAUCACGUCACAUGUCACAUGUCACACUUGAAUCACAAAUUGAAUCAAAUUCUAAAAUACACUUAUAUCAAGUAGGUAAUAGGAAAGGGAAUAAAUAGUUAGUAGGUGAAGAAUGUUUAAGAUAACAAAUUGCCCAAGGUAAAGAGCUGUUGAGCGUCCAAUAAUAAAUCGAUAAAAAUCUCCUUACUAUAUGUAUGUAUUCAUCAUUUAUGCUGCCCCAUUCAUUGGUUCGUUUCUUUUUUAUUGUCCUCCGUUCUAAUAAGUAAAUCAAGUGCAUAAUCAGAGCAGGCAAAGGCUUAAUAGAUAAGUACUAAGGGCAGGAGAUUUCGAAUAGUUUUCGUUUCGUUUCACUCGAGCAAGCUCUCGCUCUCUCUCUCUGCAAGCCCUCUCCCGUCUCUUUCAAUAAAUAUAUAUACAGAUAUAUUCGUAAUACUAUAUGUAUGCAUAGUUAGUGAUUUAAAUUUAGAGAUACUCGUAUAGCAGGACCAGCAAACAACAACAACAACAACAACAACAACACCCUUAAUCACUAGCAGAACAAACAACAAAAAUAACUCGAAUCGAAGCGAUAAUCAUAAACCAAUUGGAAAUCGGGCGAGAGAUGCCUAUGUGUAAGUAUCUCCGAUCAAAAUUUUUCAGUUCAGUGGAAGGAAAAGCAACAGAUGGGAAAAAAUGCAAAACAAACAAACAAACAAAUAAUGAGGAGUACGGCUGUGACAUUUUGUUUGCUUUGAAAUGCAUAAAACACAACUGUAAAUACAAAUAAAAACUAAAAACUAAAAACUAUAAAUUACAUAUAAUAAUAAUGGUAAUUGAUACGUACUUAUGAUCGUGAAUAGUGGGGUAUGUGAGGUGAGGAGGGUGAUGGUAAAGGGUAAAACAAUUUGAAGAGGCUUUCAAAUGCUGAGGCAGAGUAGAACUGAAAGGGAUAGGUAAAGAUAAAGACAAAAUAAUAAACUAAUCAACUACUGAAUGUACAAUUCAAUAAUGCCACAACAUCUGACCAAUUAUGCAAGCGUAUAUACUGAAUAUAUAUACACCAUAGCAGACAUUUACAUAUUUACAUAUA